AUGUCUCAGAUCCAGCACGCGGCUCCGGACGGACCGGGUCGGUAUAAUCAGAUCUGCACGCGCAGCAACAGCUGCUCGUCCCCCGCCGCCCCCGGCUCAGAGCCGCCCUCCUGCCCCGGACACCGCAGCCGAACCCCCCACAGGAAGUGGCAGGUGUUCCCUGGGAGGAACCGGUUCUAUUGCGACGGGCGGAUCAUGAUGGCGAGGCAGGCCGGGGUGUUCUACCUGACCCUGGGUCUCAUCUUCCUCACCAGCGGCCUCUUCUUCGCCUUUGACUGUCCGUAUUUGGCGUCCCACUUGAGUCCAGUCAUUCCGGCGGCCGGCGCCGUCCUUUUCAUCUUUGUGAUGGGGAUGCUGUUCAGGGUGAGCUUCAGUGACCCGGGCGUCCUGCCCAGAGCGACGCCGGACGAGGCCGCGGACCUGGAGAGGCAGAUCGACCAGACGGGAUGCUCGAAGCCUCCGCCUCGCACCAGAGAGGUGCUCAUCAACGGACAGACGGUCAAACUCAAGUACUGCUUCACCUGCAAAAUCUUCCGGCCGCCUCGAGCGUCGCACUGCAGCCUCUGCGAUAACUGCGUUGAGCGUUUUGACCAUCACUGUCCCUGGGUGGGGAACUGCGUCGGCCGCAGGAACUACCGCUUCUUCUACCUCUUCAUCCUCUCCCUCUCCUUCCUCACCAUCUUUAUCUUCGCCUUCGUCAUCACGCACAUCGUCCUCAGAUCAAAGCGGAGCGGAUUCCUGACGGCGCUGAAAGACAGUCCUGCCAGCAUCCUGGAGGUGGUGGUGUGCUUCUUCUCCGUCUGGUCCAUUGUGGGCCUGUCAGGCUUCCAUACCUACCUGAUCAGCUCCAACCAAACCACCAAUGAGGAUAUCAAAGGAACGUGGUCCAAGAAGGAGGGGAAGGACAACUACAACCCGUACAGCUAUGGAAGCGUCCUCACCAACUGCUUCUCAGCUCUGUGUGGACCCCUGCCUCCGAGUUUGAUUGACAGGAGGGGUCUGAUCCAGGAUGACACUCCACAGACCGUGUCUCAGUCCAACGGGUCCAGCAGCGGCGGCUACGCCUCGACACAGCUGCACAGUCACAUGUGUGACCAGGACCAGUGCAUCCAGAGCACCAAGUUCGUCCUGCAGGCUGCGGCCACGCCCCUGCUCCACAGCGACCCCAUCGUUCUGGCCCCUCUGCCUGCCAAGACCCCCACACCAGGGGGUCCCUGCUCCUACCUUGCCCCAACGCAGCCGUCUCUGCCGUCCUGCGCCGGAGACGUCCUGACAUUCAGGGACGCCGCCGUCGACUCCCACUGCCACCAUCAUCUUCACCUGCAUCACCUCCAGCACCACCAACACCACUUCACCAGCCCCGAGGAGACGCCGUGCGGCACGCCGCAGGGCGCCCUGCCCUGCCACGCCCACAUACACCUACAGCACCCUGCCCCACCCGUCCUGUACGACCCCGUCACUCAGGACGCUCUGCAUGAAGACUCGGUCCGAGGGCUGGUGAAACUCAGCUCCGUCUGAUGCCUUCAGGAAUGUUACGAACAGAAACAAACCAGACGUUGGUGAUUUUAUUACAUCUAGUAGGGCUUUUUUUUUACCAGGUUCUAAAGUCUGCAGCGUCGUGCCAAAGUUUGCACCCAUCAAACAUCACAAGUCAAUACUUCACUGUUUUCCUAUGACUGACCGGCAGGAAGUCGAAGUGGGAAGAAAAAGUUUUUGUUUUUGUUUUAUUUUAGUUUAUGGCAGAUUUGAUUCUGAUAAAACCUGCCAAAUGUGCAACAUUGACCCUCUGAACAUACCUUUAAACAUGGUAGUGGCACCAUCAUGGUAUGGGGAGAGUUGAUGGGAAGUUGGAUGCAGCAAAU